CCUUUAUCUAUUUGUUUUGUUUUUUUUUUCGUUUUCAUUUUUUUUCUCGUCUCGUAUCUCGUUCAUUACACAUCUGAAGUUUUAUUUUUACUCUUUACUGCUUUGGUUGUGUCGCUGUUAUUAUACUUACGAGUUACGGCGUCGUCGUCGUCGCCACCACCUGGGCUGAAAGUACAACAAAAGUACAAAACCAUCGUCAAUUUCGAAUCGGGCAAAUAAUGCCCCUUUGCCGCAUAACACUGUUGAUUUCAGAUGUGUACGCUUGUUUGUUAUUAUAGUUGUUAAUAAAUUGUGAACUGAUUGAUUAUGGAUCUGAAUGAUAAUCAAUCUAAUAUCCCCGAUCUCCAUCUUAGUGAUGUCAUUGAGGUCAUUGAAGAGCACGUAAGAACUGACACUGUGCAACAAAUGGACGGUCCAUCAUCAAAUAAUGGGCGAAGACCAAUAACUACACCAUAUAUCAAAAUAGUUGAACAGCCUGCAUCAAAAGCUUUGAGGUUUAGAUAUGAGUGUGAAGGUAGAUCAGCUGGGAGUAUACCCGGAGUUAAUAGCACUACUGAAAAUAAAACCUACCCAACAAUUCAAAUAGUGGGGUAUAAAGGGAGAGCUGUUGUUGUUGUAUCCUGUGUCACAAAAGACAGACCAUUUCGACCUCAUCCUCAUAACCUUGUAGGACGUGACAACUGUAAAAGAGGAAUUUGUACUAUUGAAAUCAAUAAUGAAUCAAUGACAGCAAGUUUUCAAAACUUAGGAAUACAAUGUGUAAAAAGAAAAGAUAUAGACGAGGCUCUCAAAGUACGAGAAGAAAUAAGAGUAGAUCCAUUUAGAACUGGAUUUUCACAUAAAGAUAACCCAACUUCAAUUGACUUAAAUGCAGUUAGGUUAUGUUUUCAAGCAUUUCUAGGUGGUACACAAAAAGGAAAAUAUAGUAUCCUUGAACCAAUUGUAUCAGAUCCCAUUUAUGAUAAAAAAGCGAUGUCGGAUUUAGUGAUAUGUAGAUUAAGUGAUGCAGCAGCUUCAGUUGUAGGUGGUAGAGAAAUCAUAUUAUUAUGUGAAAAAGUUACAAAAGAUGAUAUCCAAGUAAGGUUCUUUGAGGAAAAAGAUGGUGUAUGUACUUGGGAAGGUUAUGCUGAUUUUCAACCUUCAGAUGUACAUAAACAAGUGGCUAUUAGUUUUAGGACUCCAAAGUAUAAAGUAAUGCAGAUUGAUGGUCCAAUAAAUGUAUGGAUUCAGUUAAAACGACCUACAGAUGGCAUGUGUAGUGAAGCUCGUCCAUUUUUGUUUACUCCGGUUGAUUCAGAUCCAGCCAUGUUGAAAAGGAAAAGACAGAAAUUAUCUAGCGAAAGUGAACUUUUGAGGCAAUUACAGAGUGACCCUAGACUUAUGGCUCAACCUUCUAAUUUUAUUGAUGGAAUGGUUAUUGACCAAUUGUCUAUUUCUGUCAAAGAAGAACCAGAAACUAGUCCUAAUCCUUAUAGUGGUUUAUAUCCACUUCCAAAUUCAAGUGUUCUUGGUCAACAUUCACCUAUGUAUAACUCGAGAACACCUUCGCCACUUGAAUACCAGUUCCCAAAUGUAAAUUCUAGCUCAAUGUUUGGGCAGACUACAUUACUGAAGACCAAUAUAAUUCGACCACCUACAGGGAUUCAAACUAAUUGUGGAACAAUCAGUGGUUGUACUAUUACAGAAGUGUGUCCUAUACUUAAUAGUCAAAAUACAUCAACUCAAAAAAAUUAUGCUCCACCAACAACCAUAACUAUAACACCUUUACCAUGUCCAACAGAAGGCAACAAUGAGCCUAAUCUUAUGGAAACUACAUUCUCAAGUUUAGAUCGUUUAGAUUCUAGUGAUUUGAGGGAAUUUACCUUGUUGGAAGACAGUGAACACGUGUUGUCAGCUAAUUUGUCAGCUAGUUUACAUUUAGCUGAGAAUAGUGCUCAAGGAAAGCCUGAUGAAGAAAUAGUAGUCCAAGAAAAUAUAAAUAUGUCGGACAGUUUUGAUAGGAUUGCCAACAAUACUCUCAAUGAAUUCUGUGAGAUUUACACCAAACGUAAUUAA